ACAAGGGCGGUGCGAGCUGCUGGGGAGGAAAGCGCUCGCCCUGCGGUCGCUGACUCCAGCGCAACACCCAGCCCUGCCGACCCCGCCGGCCGCGGCCCUGCACCUCCGGGUGCCGGCAGCGGAGACGCCGAUGGAGCCGGAGCUGUGCUACGUGCUGGACGCCGUCCUCUUCCUCUACGGCAUCGUCCUCACCAUCCUGUACUGCCGCCUCAAGUUCCUGGCUCGCAGAGCAUUGCAGAGCGCCUCCAAAGCGGCCAAGGAGCAGAAAGAAGAAGCCAUCUACACCGGGCUCAGCACCGAGAACCAGGACACGUACGAGAUGCUCGAGCCCAAAUCCUGACCUCGUCCUCGCACCGCCGCCGUCCCUUGCCCCCAUCCCAAGGGCCCCCCCUCGCCCGCCCCCCCCAGCCACCGCUCGAUGCAGAAUUGGAGGUUUUUCUGCGCAGGAAAUGGCCGUUUUCAGCCCCAAACUGCCUCCAGCUGGGCGCGGGCCUCGCUGCGGUGCCGGGGGCGUGAUGGGGGCCUGGGGGGGGUGAAGCCAGCCCGGGUGCACGGCGCCCCCCCGCUCCUGCCCCACUCCCCCCAGUAAAGCAGCACCCUGUGGAAACUGG